AUGCCUAUGACAUUGCCCAUCUUUGAUAUCCAGCUCAUGGCCAACGAUCGUCCGCGUGAGCCGGACAGGAGCUCGAGAAAUCUCAAAAGGCUCCGAUCGGAAGUGAUUGAAAUCAGUAGCGAUGAGGAUGGCGACCCAAAACAAGCAGCCGAUCGCCAUCGAACCAAGAUCGGAUCCCGAGAUAUCUCCAGUAUCCCCCCCGUCCCGAGCGCCUCCAAACCUCAAUCAGUCCUCCAAAACAAGCCCGAACGUUAUAAGCUAGAGUAUGAAAGACUGGCCCUACAACGCGCUCGAGAACUCGCGUCAAACCCUUCUGCAUCCUCCUCCUCGGUCAGCCCAGCAGUUACCCCAACCGACCAAGGCCCUAAAGACUCGGACCCAUCCAUAUCCGAGCCAUUCCCUAAUUAUUGGAAUUCAGCUAUCAAGGUGACCUUCAACGAUUGGUACCCUGAUUGUCCUAACACGCUUCGAAUUGAAGAUAUCAUUGGUCCGAAAGAUCGGAUCAAAAUGGCCUUGGUCAGCUCUUACGUCCUUGAACUCCCUUGGAUCCAUAAACUAUUCAAUCCAAGGACUCGGAUCAUGGUUAUCAGGCACCACACAGACUGUGGGUCGUUUAAGGUUAAUGAACGUGCGAACAUGUUCUUGUGCCAUCCCCCAAUGCUCAAAACUGCCAACGGUAACGCCAAAGCUGGCUGUAUGCAUAUCAAAUUCUUUAUUAUAUUCUACGAUAAUUUUUGUCGAGUUGCGAUUCCGACGGCAAACGCAGUCUCCUUCGAUUAUGAAUUUGUUGAGAAUGCAAUUUGGAUCCAAGAUUUCCGACGGUUCAGUGGAAAUACGAUCGGAUAUAACAGUAGACGAUCUGAUGACGUGCCCCCGUUUCGAAAAACUCUUGACGACUUGCUCGACCGGAUGGGAGUCCCUCUCCCAUUUCGUAAACCGCUAAAGGAUCAUGAUUUCGGCUCAGCGGCUGCAAAUCUGGUAGUUUCUAUUCAAGGCACCCAUCCCGCGAAUUCACCGAUGGGGCAAGCUCACUUGGCAGAGCAGUUGAAAACUCUUGGACUCCAGUCAGGACCGGGCACUGGCCGGACAGCUACACUGGAAUGUCAGGGCUCAUCAAUCGGCAGUUACGAUUUGAAGUGGCUCAAUAACUUUUACCGUUGCGCAUCUGGUUCACCGCCAACAGCUAGUACCGAAGAUCCAGACUUGCAGACUAAGACGCCCCCGCUCACAGUGCUAUACCCGACCCUUCAUACCGUCCGAAAUAGUCACAGCGGAAAGGCUGGAGCUGGGACGUUAUUUUGUAACAAAGCCACUUGGGAAAAGGCGAACUUUCCAACCCAUAUCUUUGCGGAUACCAUGUCCAAACGUACCGGAGUUUUAAUGCACGUUAAGAUGAUUUUGGGUCUAUUCAACUCUGACUCAUCGGCGAAGUCGACUAGCUCAACACUGGAUACAGCUAGUGUUGAGAAGUCUGGUGCAAGAGAUGGGAGGAUUAAUAAGGAUCACGCUGGCUUCUUGUACAUUGGCUCUCAUAACUUUACUCCAGCCGCUUGGGGUAAGUUCAACUUGAAAUCGGGCUCCGAUGAUUCUACUUCACUGGAGAUCAGCAAUUGGGAGUUGGGGGUUGUGUUACCGGUCAAGUCACAUGCACAGGCUGAGGAAUAUGUGACUUGGCAGAGGCCAACGAAACCCUAUGGACAUCGUGGGAAGGAUACUUCGAUCCCAUGGAUGCAAUUCUCACACGGGCGUUGA